AUGAUCUCCUUUUCCUCGCUUAGCUUUGGACUCGCCGCUAUCGCCAGCGCAUAUGCUCUUCCGGGUGACAAGUCUGUCAACUUAGCGGAACGUCAGACCAUCACGUCCAGCCAGACAGGCACUAACAACGGCUACUAUUAUUCCUUCUGGACCAACGGUGCCGGAACAGUGCAAUACACGAACGGCGCUGGCGGCGAAUAUAGCGUGACCUGGGCGAAUCAGAACGGUGGUGACUUUACCUGUGGGAAGGGCUGGAAUCCUGGCAGUGACCAUGACAUUACCUUCUCUGGCAACUUUAAUCCUUCCGGAAAUGCUUAUCUCUCCGUGUAUGGAUGGACUACCAGCCCCCUAGUCGAAUACUACAUCCUCGAGAACUAUGGCAGCUACAAUCCAGGCUCGAGCAUGACGCACAAGGGCACUGUCACCAGCGACGGAUCCACCUACGACAUCUAUGAGCACCAACAGGUCAACCAGCCUUCGAUCGUCGGCACGGCCACCUUCAACCAGUACUGGUCCAUCCGCCAAAACAAGCGGUCCAGUGGCACGGUCACCACCGCGAAUCACUUCAAGGCCUGGGCUAGUCUGGGGAUGAACCUGGGUACCCAUAACUAUCAGAUCGUUUCCACUGAGGGAUAUGAGAGCAGCGGUACCUCGACCAUCACUGUCUCGUCUGGUGGUUCUUCUUCCGGCGGAAGCGGCGGUAGCUCGUCUACUACUUCCUCGGGCAGCUCCCCUACUGGUGGCUCCGGCAGUGUAAGUCUUCUUCCACAUGGCUGUGACUUCAUUGUUCUGCUUUGUGGGGCCAAUGCGGUGGAAUCGGCUGGUCUGGCCCUACUUGCUGCUCUUCGGGCACUUGCAAGGCUUCAAACUCGUACUACUCCCAGUGCUUGUAGCACCUUCUUGCAGGGUUAUAUCCAAGUUAUGGACACAUCUGAAUAUAUGCGAUGGAUUUCAAGAUUGGAGAUCCUGGCGUUCCCACUGUCUCAGAUAUAG